AUGAAUUGAUUCAUGAAGGAGAAACAGGAACACUCCAACCCACACUGGACAAGAAUGACACUACGUACCACACGUUGCCUCCUUCUGAUUAGUGCACUGGGCUUCUUUGCACUUGACCACUUCACAAAAGGUCAGAAGAAUAGCACGUUAAUUUUCACAAAGGAAAACAUCAUUCGGAACUGUAGCUGCCCUGCAGACAUCCGGGACUGUGACUACAGUUUGGCCAACCUGAUGUGCAGCUGUAAAACUGUCCUACCCUUUACAGUAGAACAAACCAGCUACAGUGGUCAUCUGACCAUCUGGUUCACAGACAUAUCGGUGCUGGGACACCUAUUGAACUUCACGCUGGUCCAGGACCUGAAGCUUUCCUUGUGCAGUCCCAACACCCUCCCCACGGAGUACCUGGCCAUUUGCGGGCUGAAGAGGCUUCGCAUCAACACUGAGGCCAAGCAUCCCUUCCCAGAGCAGAGCUUGCUCAUCCACAGCAGUAGGGAUGACAACUCCAGAGAGAAGCAAAUGUCACACAAAGGCUGGCAAGCAUGUACAUUUAUCUCAUUCCUAGAUAUGGCUCUUUUCAACAGGGACUCAUCUUUAAAAUCAUAUAGUGUUGAAAACAUUUCCAACAUUGCCAGUGACUUUCCUGACUUUUCUUACUUUAAGACCUUCCCAAUGCCAAGCAACGAAAGCUAUGUUGUCACAGUCAUUUACUAA